UCUCCUGAAUUCGUCCGCCUCCGCCCCUUUCUUUCUCUCUCUUUUCUUUCCAAUCUCUGCAAUUUUUUCCAUUCUUUUCGCUUCCUCUCUCUCAUAUGGCGAUCGCCACUGAGGCUCAGCAAGAGCACAAGGGUUCUUCAGAGGGAUCGACAGCAGUGGAGAAAAAGAGGUGGACUUUGAAUGACUUCGACAUUGGGAAGCCUCUAGGCAGAGGAAAGUUUGGUCAUGUAUAUCUUGCUAGGGAAAAGAGGAGCAAUCAUAUUGUGGCACUGAAGGUACUAUUCAAAAGCCAGCUGAAACAAUCUCAAGUUGAACACCAGCUCCGCCGUGAAGUUGAAAUACAGAGUCACCUUCGGCAUCCCAAUAUUCUAAGACUAUAUGGCUACUUCUAUGAUCAGAAACGAGUUUAUUUGAUUCUGGAGUAUGCUGCUAAGGGUGAGCUCUACAAGGAGUUGCAGAAAUGUAAAUAUUUCAGUGAAAGGCGGGCAGCUACUUAUGUUGCAUCGCUUGCUCGGGCCCUCAUCUAUUGUCAUGGAAAGCAUGUAAUUCAUCGAGAUAUUAAACCAGAGAACCUUCUGGUUGGCGCACAGGGUGAACUCAAGAUAGCAGAUUUUGGUUGGUCAGUGCACACGUUCAAUCGCCGGCGUACCAUGUGUGGCACUUUAGAUUAUCUACCACCUGAGAUGGUGGAAAGUGUGGAGCAUGACGCAAAUGUGGAUAUCUGGAGCCUUGGUGUCCUAUGCUAUGAGUUUCUGUAUGGGGUUCCUCCUUUUGAAGCAAAGGAACAUUCUGAUACUUAUAGAAGGAUAGUCCAAGUCGACUUGAAGUUCCCUCCAAAACCUGUUGUAUCAGCAUCAGCCAAGGACCUAAUUAGCCAGAUGCUUGUCAAGGAUUCUUCACAGAGGCUUCCACUACACAAGUUGCUUGAGCAUCCCUGGAUUGUACAAAACGCAGAACCGUCAGGCAUAUAUAGGGGUUAAAUCUGUACUGUAUUCUUAUUAUUCUUUUAGCUGCAGUUCUAAUGUGUAAAAUGGUCAAUUGCUGUAAAAUGGAAGAUGGAGUGAAUUCUACAGUGACUCCGAUUUGUCCAAGUGUAUAACUGUCUCAGUUCAGGCGGUUUCCUUCUUAUGUUUCGUGUCAUUUCUUAUCAUUAUUUUAGCUGCAAUUCUAAUGUGUAAAAUGGUCAAAUGCUCUAAAAUGGAAGAUGGAGUGAAUGAUAGAGUGACUCCGAUCAGUUCAAACAA